AUGCUACGUCAGAUCGAUUUGCUGGAGAACCCGGUGAUUGAGGAUGUCGUCCUGCUGUCAGUGAUGCUGGACGAGGUGAAGAAUAAGAACCUUUCAGUUUUCAACAGGAUCAAGGCACUGUGUAUCAACAAAGCACAGAGAUUCUAUGUUUUCGCCAACGAGCAGCACAGGUUCCAUGAAGCUAACAAACCUCCGGACAGUUGGUUUGAUCUCAAAGUAAACACACAUGUCUAUGUAACUGGUUUGCCUGAUGAUGUCACGGUGGAGGAGAUUGUGGAGGUAUUUUCCAAGUGCGGAAUAAUAAAGGAGGACCCAGUGACUAAAAAGCCACGAGUGAAGAUUUAUACUGAUAGAGAAACCGACAGGAAGAAGGGUGAUGCCUUGGUGACAUAUUUCAAGGAGCCUUCUGUAGCUUUAGCGGUUCAAUUGUUGGAUGGGACACCAUUCCGUCCUGGUGGUGAUGUUUUCGUUUCAAAGAAAACUGACAAGCAAAAGAAAAGGAAGAUAAAGAAGGUUGAGGACAAAAUGCUUGGAUGGGGUGGGCAUGAUGAUAAGAAGCUGAUGAUUCCUGCUACAGUAAUUUUAAGGCACAUGUUCACUCCUGCUGAGCUGAGAGUUGCUCAUAUGAGGUUCAUGCUUCAUAGCAGCUUUAUUUUCGUUCUUACUGGAUUCUCACCGAUAAUAUCCCGCAGGCUGAUGAAGAGCUUCACGAUGUCCAACUAA